AUGAAUACAUUAGAAAUGAAGAAUAACGAAAUGACAACGGAACAAAUUAGCGAUGAAGACAUAAUGAAUAAGAAAAUUCUCAACUCAAGCUUUAUUGGGCUAAAGUUGAUGAAAAAUUGAAAACGCGAGAAAAUGUUUUAUCUGUUUUGCUUCCUGCCACAGACAAACAUCGGUCAACAAAAGAGAAAUUUUUGUCGCGUAAGAAAACCGUAGAAUUGAAAAUCAACGCAAUUCAGGCAGUUCCUGCAGAGGCAACCCAAGUACUCAAGCAAUACAGGACACUUCAGGCAUUAUGUGACGAAGUCGAUAGUGGUACGGAUUCAUUUGAGGACUAUGCGCAGGCGUACCAAAAUCUCAUCAACAUCUGUGAACAGCAUCAUGUAUCACGUGAUCUUCCCAAGAUUCGAUCUGAGUUCACGUUGAACAACGAUUGCUGGCGGGAAACACGCGUGAAGGUGCCAAAUGAUACAUAUAAUCUUCAGAACAUAGUAGAAGAGUUGAGAAGAUAUGAUGUACAAUAUGAUAACGUCAAAGAUAUGAUCACUUCAGCCGAGAAUGUUCUAAAUUCCGAACAAAGUCCUUUUAUUGAUGAACAUGUCACUUUGAACGAAUGGCAGAAAGUCAAGAAUUUGGUGCUUGAAUUAUCAAAAAAAGAAUCGUUUUUACGCGAUCUUUUCUUCAUCGAACGACAAUUGAUCGAAAUAAAUGACGACGAUCUCGUAAAUGUCCAAUCCAUCAACGAACGUACCUCGAACUUGACUUCUCAAUAUUUUACUUUGUAUACAAUAAUACAGGAUGAACAAUACUUACUUUCCGAUUUCUAUGACCACACCAAAGUAUUUGUGACGUCACUUCAGGGAAUUUCGGAGUGGUUGUCCGUGGCAACCAAAACAUUUGAUGAUAUAGAUGUUCGCAGCUCCGAGUCUAGUGUUGAAAAGAAGCUAGCCAGCGUUAAGGAGUUAGAAGAUGAAUUGGUCGAUAUAAACACAAAGUUGGACAAUGCUAUGGCACAUAGUGUAUGGUUGAAAGAUCACUGUUUUGAUAAUGAAAAGAAAAGGUCUGACGUUGACAGGAGACUGGGAACUAUUGAACAGGAUGUCGAUGAUCUUAAGGAAAAGCUAAUGGAAAAGAGUUCACAAUUAGAUGUUGUUUUAUGCGAGAAACAAAGUUAUGAUUUAUCGCUUGAUAAUUUCAUGGCGUGGUGUGUUUUUAUUGAUAAAAGAAUACGAAGUCAGGAUCUUGUUUCUCUGAAAUAUGCUGAGAUUAUUAUUCAACUACGCAUUAUACAGGAUGUGAGAAAAGAGGCUAAACAUGCAGAGCCUGUUUACGAGUAUCUUCAACAUUCAAGCUUUGAUUAUAUCAACAACAAAGAACCAGGACAGAAGCGAGAUAUGGCAAGACAUAAAGUUACCAACAUCACCAAGUAUUGGAAGAUAAUACAGAAAAAGAUCGCUGACCGUACGAACAAAUUGAACGAAACUGUGCCAUUGGUCCGUGAAUAUCAUGAAAGUAUGACCACAUUCUUGUCCUGGUUGACUACCGCUGAAAAAUCACUGCAGGCGUUGGUCAUUGGCAAAAAAAGUCAGCAUGAUUUGGCGGAACAAAGAGCUGAGAUAAAACAUUUUGCUAAUGAAAUAAAUGCCCAUCGUCCUGUUGUACAACAUCUUUGUGACAAAAGUGAUGUCUUAGUUGAACUGUCGACAAGAAACCAUGUUUGUUCAAGUCAUGGUGAUGAGAUAGCAAGUGCCGUGAAUGAUAUAAUUUCUCGAUAUGAAAAAAUGAAAGUGACUCUGGAUGAAGCCGAAGAACACGUGAAAGAACAUGAAAAGAAAGAAGAACAGUACAAUGAAGUUUUGUACCCCGUUAAAGAAACUAUGUCUUCAGUUAACGCUGUUUUGAAUAACGAAAUGCCAAAUGUCACCGAACCCGAGCUGGCUAAGGAAGAAAUCAUUAAAAUCGAGGAGGCUAUACUAAAUGUUGAAGCUGAGCAAUGUGAAGUUGAGGCUAUCGAGGAACAAGAAAUAGAAAUACCUCAACCGAUUGUCGCUGCUAACACACAAUACUCUAUCGCAUUGAUUAACUUACAGAAGAAGAAAUCAAAACUCGCCAAACGGUCUUUGCAGAUGGAAAUUUUCGAUACAACAUCAAAGGAAGUUGAAACUGCCACUAAAAAUCUUACGUUAGAAGUGGAAGCACUGGAACCAGUCAGUGAAGAUUGUGUUAAAGCAAAACAACUGUUGACUGAAACUAUGUUCAUCAGAAACAAGCUUCAUCCAAUCGAGAUCAAAGUUGUCGUUUUGAACCAGACGUUGUCGUGGCUUGUCGAAAGCAAUCGAAAUGACCCGGCAACUGUCGCCUUACUUAAACAAAAGUACAGACAGGUUGAGGAACCGGUGACUAAACUUGUUGCUAAGGUUACAAGUCGCGAGGUUCAACUGUAUGAUGUUGUAACGUUAGUACUGAAGGCUCAAGUGAACCUUAAUGAUGUUGAAGAGAAAUUAGACAAGUUUGAGAAAACUUUUGCUGAAAUUGAACCAUUGUCUGCAAAGCAUGAUAUUGCCAUGGCUGUCCAACAGCAGUACGAGCCUUUUUAUCGCAAAGUGAGCGACUACGACACUGUCUUCAAACACAUCGUUCAGCAUGUCCAGGAACAAGAUGAUCAAAUGCCCGAAGAUCGAAAAAAGCUGGAUGAUCUUAAAUGUCGAUGGAGCAACUUCCAUGAAAAAGUUUUUGAUCACGAGACUGUUAUUGAUGAUGUUGUUCAAUCAGCAAUUACGUGUGAGGAAGCCUUGGAAGAAAUUCAACCACAUCUGAAGGAUAUUGAGGAACAACUAAACAAGAUCACGUGUAUUCCCAUUGAACCGAAAGGACUGGCAAAACAACAAAAUAUUUUGAAGAAUGUGGAAAAGGCUGUAGAGCUCGUAACACAUACAUAUCAAGAGUAUGUUGAUAGUGCGACAACUCUUAUUGAAAUAUGUUUCACACAUUCCACAACUCGUGACGUAGCUGUUGUACAAGAAAUACUUGAUGUAACAACAAAAAGAUGGAACAUGAUUAAAGGACUUGCAGGAAAGAGAAAACAACAGAUCGAUGAAGCUCAAAUGCUCGAGAAGAAAUUCCAAAGUAUGAUAUCACCACUUGAAGAUAAAGUGUCGAAUUGCAGAAAGUGCUACGAAAAACCACGCGAUCUUGGUUCGGAAACUGAAAAGUUGGAAGAAUACUCUAGAAAAUUAUUGAACAUCAAGAAUGACCUUGUUGUGAUCAAGACACAAGCAUCACCGUUGAAGUCAAGAUUGCAGAGUGUGAACAACACAAGCGAUAUUAUUGAUUAUUGUGCUCCAAUUGAACGUAUUGUAAGACUGUUGAAUGAUACACAGUUGUUGAAUGAGGAUGUGCACGAGAGAAUUCAAUGGCUGUCUGAUGUGAUAAACAAGACUACUGAUUAUAAUCAUGCUUUAUCUCAAAUGGAGGAGUGGUUGCCGGAGGUUGAAAAGACAAUUGAAAGUCUGGAACCGAUCAAAUCAGACCUUGAUGACGUUCUCGAUGAACUUAAAAAAGUUCAGGAAAUCCUCCCUUCUGUUCAAUCGAAGAAGCCAUUAAAUGAGAAGAUUAGAACGACGUCCGAGUGGCUGAUUGACGCAAGAAACGAUGAAGAGAAAGAAGUCGGUGAUGUAAAAGAGAAGAGUAAUGAUGUGAUGAAGAGAUAUAACGGUGUAUUGAAGGUUCUUGAGGAUCGCGAGAAGAAACUUGGUGUACUUGAGAAGGAAAUGAGUACAUCUAAGGAACUUAUUGAACCUUUGGAACAAGUCUUUUCUGAAGUGGAACAGUUGGUUGACGCCGCACCCCCCGUCUCGUUUGAUGAUGUCGAAGCACAUCUUGAAAAGAUUAAGGAUGCCAAAGCACAGCUGGAGGAGUCAAAGCCUCAAGUAUCUCAACUGCGACGGUCCAGUAAGGAAAUUCUACAAGUUGUAGACAAAAAUUCGCCUAGCUCCGAGACCGUACACAGCCGAUUGUCUGGCGUCAAGCAACGACAGCGUCGAUUGUUUGCUAAAAUCCACAAGCAACAGUCUAGUAUGGAGAGAGAUAUGAAUGUCUUUAAGACUUGUCAUGAUCACCUAAAUAACCUUGAGAUCUGGUUAAAUGAUGUUGAUACUUCUGAACUGGACAAACCAAUCAGUAUCGAUCCUGAUGGCGUACGCGAACAAAUCUAUAAAACUGAGAGCACGAGAGACGAAAUAUAUGAGCAGUUUGCUCUUCUUGAAAAAGCUAAAAAUCUUGGCGAGAAAAUCAUUGCAACUUGCGAAGAGGACACAUCCAUUAAAGACGAUGUCAGCAAUAAAGUAAAUAAAUAUGAUGUGAAGUUGAAAGAAUUGACAAAGAAAGUGAACGAUAGGCUCGUUGAGCUAAAACAAGCUUUACUGGAAAGGCAAGAAUUCCGAGAAGCAUUUGAUGAUGUUAAAGAUUGGCUAAUAAGCACAGGUGACGUACUUGCAUUGCAAGGAUCUGUGUCUGUGAAAUAUGAUGUCAUUCUUGAGCAGAAGGCAAAACAGUGGCCAAUUGUAGACGACCUCGUGCACCACCAACCUGCAUUUGAUCACGUGAUGCAAAAAGGGGAGAAGCUCCUGGAAACGAGAGCACCUGGGAAAGAGAAAAAGGUCCUUCGUAGGAGAUUGGAUGAUCUCAAUACACGAUGGCAUGAUAUGAAGGAAAAAUGCACGACACGCAAAGAUCAGAUUGAAAAGGUUCUUGGACUAGUUGACAAUUACAAUAACAUCAGUGCUGUGUUCGUUUCGUGGCUUAAUGAGACCGAAAAGAGACUGGAAACUGAUCUUGAACACGUCGACGAUGAAGAUAUUAUAGAAAAACAUCAAGAUUUACUCGAGGAACUGUCUGCGAACAUCGAGCAGCACAAACCUGACCAUGACUGCAUGAAUAGUGCUGCUGAGAAACUGAUAGAAGUUGGCAAAGAUAUUGGUUUGGAAGAAGAAAUAAAAACACUUGAAAAGGAGGUUGAGUUGAUGAAUGAACGUUGGAGAAACCUUAAUCGUAAUGUUUCCGAGAGACUUCAUCGUGUCGUUGUGGCUGAGGGUGAGAUGGACGAGUUCCAAGAAUGCGUCAAAACACUGCAGAUAGGUGUAGAUGACAUCAUCACUUCCAUGAAGGAUGCUCUUGUGUUUGAUAUGCCCGAAGAAGAUGAUGUUCAGAUAAAAGAUAUUAAAAUAUCUGGCAAACUAACCAAGGAUGGCGACGUCAGCGCAGAUUUAAAAAUCUUAAAUAGUUCCCUCGAGAAGGUGCACGAUUUAUCACCUGUUUUGGAAAGAUUGAACGAGCUUGGUGAAUCAUUACUUGAAAAAACGGAUGCUUUUGAUGUAAGAGGACAGAUGGUUGACAAGAAUGAAAAUGUUCAAGCACUGAAGAAGUUGCUUGCUGAUGGUCAACAAGCGAUGGACGAAAUUGCAAAGCGCACAGAUGACUUGAGUCAGAAAAAAACGGAAGUUGAAAAGAAAUUAACGAAACUUCAAGGGAAAUUACAAGAAUUGCAACCCAUUAACACACGUCCUGCUGCUGUGAAAAGGCAAAUACAAGAAGCUGAACAGAUCUCGAAGGAAGUUGAUGAGGUUGUUGAAGCUCUUUCAUCUGUUCAAGAUGCCAAUGAAUGGUUGUUUGAUAACACUGAAGUGGAAUCUCAGUUGAAAGAGGGAAUGAUGAAUGACGUUGAAAGUUUGAAGAAACCAGUAGCUGAGGUACAAGAGGAACUAAAGAAUCGUGAAAAUGAUUUAUCAACAGCAUUAACAUCAAGUCAAGAAUUUGAAAAGACGUCAAAAGAUCUUUUGUCGUGGUUAGCAGCCACAGAGGAAGAACUAGGAAAACAGAAAACUUUGUCCGCCGUAUAUGAAACGGUGAAGGCACAACAACAGAGCCAUAAGCGAAUGACGGAUGCCGUUCGAAAACAAGAGCCAGUAUUUCUGAAAGUAAUAAAGGACAACAAACACGUGAUUCAAGAAUUGAAUGAUUGCCCAGAACGAGAAACCACCGAGAAAGAAACGGCUGAAUUUGAAAAGAGAUGGAAUAAAAUCAUUGCUUACGCUAAAACAAGAGAAGAAGAACUUAUCCGGACAGUACCUUUAGCUAAAGGAUGUCAAACUAAUGUACAAAUACUUCAAUCAAAGCUUGAUGAUCUUGAAAAGAAGGUAGAGUCAUUCCCCGACUUGGUCGUCGACUCGGACACACUCGAGAAACAGGCGAAGGAAGCCGUGAUCUUACGAAGCGACGCCGAUGAAUUGAAAGGGAUGAAUGAAGAAAUGGGCAAGAGUUGCGAUGCUUUGAUCAGUAAGCCGCUGGCUGAUCUUACCGUAGUUGCAGCCGAGGUUGAUAACUUAAAAACUCGUUAUGCAACGAUACUGGAUAAGAUUUCCAAUUGGCAGUGUAAGGUAAAUGCAGUCAAGGAACAGGUAAUUCAAUACAAUGAAGCCAAGAAACCAGUAGAAGAGAUGAUCAAUGAUGUUAAAGACAAUAUUCCAGUUCAAGAUUCACCUGUGCGUGAUUUGGAGAGUUUAAAGUCCGAAGUUAAGAAUCUAGAGAAGUCUAUUGUAGAUUUGGACGCUAGUAAACCUCAGAAGGAGAAGCUGGAUAAGAUUGGUCAAGGUAUUAUUGAAGAAUUUGGUGAUGAAAUGGCAAAUGUUGCCCCGUUGAAGAAAGAAUUGACGAGCAUCGAUGAGCACUUCACUGGUGCACGGGAGAAAGCCGUAUUUAGAAAGAUCUUCUUGGAGUCCCAACUAAAACGUUUUGAAGUUUAUGAAAUAAAUACUUCAGAGGUUGAAGUGUGGAUUACACAGACCAUUUUGAAUUUGGAUGAACUAGAAGCUAUAACCACACUUCCAGAAAAACUUGCAAAACAACUGAGCGAAGCAGAAAGGUUUCAAAAUGAGACUGCAGAGAAAAAACAAGCCUUGGAGACGGCACUUGAAGCUGGUAUGUGGUUGGCUGAGAACACGAAUGACGUGGAAUGGAAGAAUAGCAUUGUGGGAAGGAUGACGAAGACACGCACUAACUUUGAUCGUGUAGCAAAACGCAUCGAUGAUCGCUUUGAUCGCCUAAAAGUUGCCGAAUUAAAAUCCAAAGAUGUUCAAGUUGGUUUGGAAGAAUUUAACGAAAAAUUACGAAAGUUGGAAGUAGAAUUUGCAAGUCAAGCUCCGGUUUCUGCUGUGAAAUCGACCCUGGAUAAACAGAAACAAUACACAGAUGUAAUUGAUGAAGAUCUUUCUCAAGUUGAACCCGUCUUUGAAAGUCUAGUGACUCUUGUUCAGUCGUUACUUGAGUCAUCCGAACCGAGCGAGGAGAGCAAGGCACUGGAACACAGCAUUGAUGACGUAAAGAUACGUUGGUAUUGUCUCCGUGAAAAAGUACCCGAAAGAGAGGAACAAAUUCUUCGUGUAUUACCGCUGGUAAGAAAAUUCACCAACUCAGCAGAAUCCUUUACUGCUUGGCUAGAAGUGAUGGAAAAACGAGCUGAAGAACUGGAACCGACUUCCUUAAAUAAAGAUGACGUCACUCGUAAGUGUAAUGAGUUGAAGACCUUGAAUGAUGAUGUCAUCGCUCGGGAGCCCGAAUUACGUAAUACAGAGAACAUUGCGAAGGAUUUGAUGGAAACGGCAUCUGCUGAUGAAUUGAUAGUGAAAGCUCAAAUUGAUGAUUUGUCCGACCGUUUUAAUAGUUUAAAGAGAGACCUGGGCACAAGACUUCAGAAACACAAUACACUUCAAAUUGCUUUGAAAGAAUUUGAGAACAAUUUAGAAAUUAUUGAAAGAAUACGAGAUGAAGCUGAAGAGUUGUCUAAUGUUAAAGUUCUUAUGGCCUCUCCUGUAGAAGACUUGUUGGACCAACUACGGGAGACUAAGGUUAUGUUGAGUGUCGUGGAGCACAUAGAACCUAACGUCCCUAAAGUUGUGAAUGAAGGAAAUGAAAUAUUGCUGUUGGGUGAUUUUCUUAACGAGUCAGCAUUUCGCGAAAACAUCUCAAACCUACCACGGAGUGUCGCAGAGGCAAAACGGAAACUGAAAGAGAAAAAGAUCAUGUUGGAAGAAGCAGUUGAUAAGUUCCGGGAGUUUGAUGAAAUAGCAAGUCAAUUGAAAAAAUGGAUCGCGACUGAAGAACCUGUUCUCUCUGAAAGUAUAAAAACGACAAACCCUGUUGUUAUUGAGAAACGUUUGAAGCAAGUUGAGAUUCUUCGUGUUGAGGCGGCAGAUUGCAAAAAAGAUCUAGAAAAGUUGGACACUCUUGGAGAAUGGCUGAUAAAUCAUGCAACUAAUGAACCAAGCAUUGCUGCUAAUGUUGAAGUGCAAAAGGCUGAACUUACUGAACAAAUAAAUGCUCAACAAGAAAAGAUUGACAAGAAAUACCUCGGAUUUCAAGAUCUUCUCCUGCACGGGCAGGAAUUUGACGAUAAUUGCAAAGAUUUAAACGGAAAACUGGAUGACCUUGAAAGGAAGAUUGCUACAUUGCGUCCCGUUUCGCUCAUCUAUGAUACUCUCAAGUUACAAAAGAUAGAUGGUGACAGUUUGAAGGAUAACAUUAUGAAAUACGAACCAGUUUAUACGAAAGUUGUAGAAGAGGGCGAAAAGAUGAUUGAAGAUAUGGAACCUGGAGAAGAGAAAGAUUUGUUUGUUGAAAACUUGUCAACAAUCAAGUCAAGGUGGAGAAAUGUAAAUGAAAAAUGCAGUGACUACGACAAGGAUAUUCAAAAGACAUUACCAUUGGCCCAAAAAUAUAAUGAAGCUUCAAUACCUUUCCUUGAUUGGUUAACCGCAAUCAAUACGAGAUUUGAUUUGUUAAGUCUUGCUCCUUUAAAGCACGAACGCAUUCAAAAUACCCAAAAAGAACUGGAAACCAUUCAAAAUGAAAUCAAUUCUCAAGCUCGUAAUUACGCUUCUGUACAAGAGUUGGGUAAGGAACUUGUAAAUACGUCACAACAGGAUAGUAACGUUAUUGAAGUCGAACUUGAUAGCGUGAAGAAACGUUGGCAGACUUUACUAAACAACGUGCAAAACGCUUGUGAUCAACUAAAGAGACAAGAGAAUAAAUUGGAAGACUUUGAAGAUGGAGUAAAUAUAAUGGAGGAGGUCUUCAAUCCUUGUGAAGCCAUGUUAUCUGAGAGAAAACCCUUUGGGUUGAGUGAAGAAGCCAGGAAACAAGAGAUAAAUAAAAUAGACCAAUUUUUAACGACCAUUGUGGAAAGGAAACCAGUUCUAGAGAAGAUUCCAAACAUCUACGAAGACCUUGCCACAAUGUGCUUCGAGGAUGAUCCUGAAGCGGCUAUCAUGAAAGAAAGCGUUGAUAACAUCAAUAAAAAGAAUUCUGAAAUUCCGAAGAAACUACAAGAACUGAAAGAAACUUUGAUGCAAGAAAAUGUAUACCUGGCCAAGCUUGACGCGAUUGAAAGUAAUCUCGAGUCUGCUGUUUCGAAAGAUUCGAAGAAGUUUGACGAGCAAAAUCCCGUAAGCACAAAGCCUGAAAUGAUUAAAGAUCAAAUCACUGAGAAUAAGCUUUUUGCCACAAAUGUUCAACAAUAUCACGCAGAGUUGAAUGAUCUUGAAGAUUGUACCGAAUGGUUAGUCGGGAACCUGCCAAGCAAUCCAGAUGACAUCCGUGAAAUUCACGAACGUUUGGCCAAGGCACGUGAACCAGUGAAGAAAUUGGCUGCACAAGUUGAUCUGCGCCAGAACCAACUGGAGACCGCUGCCCUACAAUCUCAGCAGUUUGCAGACUACUUCGACGACUACAAUCUUAAACUUGCAGGCAUUGAAGAUGAAUUGGCAGGCUUGCUGCCAGUUUCGGCGGUUUAUUUGACUUGUACUAGUCAACUUGAGGAUGUGGAGUGUUUAGAGAAAAAUGUCAAUCUACAGGAAGAAAUGGUGGAGAAAGUUUUAUUGGCUGGGCAAAAAAUGAUGGAUAGUCUUUCGGAAGGAGAUGAGAAGAGGGAGUUGGAGGAAAAUCUAUCAGGUCUUGGUAAACGUUGGAAUGAUUUGAACGAAAAAGUUCACGAACGAAAGUUUGUUAUCUGUAAAGUCCUUCCAUUGGCUAAAGAUUUCGACAAAGAUUCGAGCAAUAUGUUGGAAUGGCUAAUCAAAACAGAAAGUCGUGUUGAAGAUUUCACUUUUGAAUCAUUGGACUGUAAGAAUGUUGAACUGGGACUCAAAGCAUUUGCAAUCUUAAUCAAUGAAUUACGCUCUAAGAAGACAGAAAUUACGAAACUUGAGGAAGAAUGUAAGGAUCUAAGCGAUGUGUGCGAGACGGAUGAAGAUAUAAUUGAAUCUACUACAGUUCUUCAAAUGAAGCGAUAUAAUGACUUGAUAAUGGAGGCCAGAAAGAAAAAUGACACUUUAAAUAAGACGAAGAAACUUGUUUUAGAAUUUAACGAUUGCUUUGAAGAUAUAGAUGGAAUAUUGAGCAAAGCAGAGUCGAUGGUGAAAAACGAAACAUAUGUUGGAAUAGACAGACAUGAAGCUUUGCUUUUCCUUGAGCAAGUAGAAAGUUUUAUGGAUAAAUUGGUCGAUAGCGAGGAAAAACUAGAAACAAUAACUUCAACCAGUUCGACUAUCAUUAAUUGCGUCGACAGAACUUCAAGUGCAGCACGGUCAUUGGAUAAACAAGUCAAUGAGAUGGUUGAUCGUUACUACACAGACAAAGAUAAUCUUUCCGAGUACUUCUUGUCGAAAGAAAGUGAUACAAUGAUCAUCGUUAAAUUUUCUAUGAUUUAUGAAACUGUUGAGGAAGGUUUACCGUUGUUACUUGAAAGCGUAGAAGCUCUAUCUCCAGUCGGUACCAAAGCGAGUGUACUCACAAUUCAAAUACAAGAAACAGAAUCUCUUCUUGAAGACGCUCAAAGAUUUAACGAGAAAUUGGAAGCGGUCGACGAAUUUGCCGAAGACGUUCAAAAUAUCAACAAGAACGACCCAGAAGUGAUAAAAGUUGUGCAAAACAUGAUUGCAGAUCUUCAAAUACCUUUGAAUAAAGCUAGUCUCCAGUUAGAUGAUCGCCUUCACAAACUUCAAACCGCUUUAUUAAAGUGUAAUGAUUAUGAAGAUUUGACGAAACAACACGAGGAAAAAAUAUCAGCAUUAGAUGUUGAAGUAUCAACAAUGCAGCCAGUUUCUGCUGUAUUCGAGCAAACAAAGAAGCAAAGCGAGGAAGCUGAACGGGUUCUUGGUUCUUUGAAGCUACAAGAACCUGUUUACGAGACGAUUUUGGAGAUUGGUCGAAAUAUACAAGAAGAAACGGAUGAUGAAGAUUUGAAGGAAGAGCUUGAAGAUCUAACUGCAAAAUGGCAAGAUGUCUUAGGGAAAUCCACUUCUCGUAUUCAAACUUUAAACGUUGUCUUACCUCUCGCCAAAGAAUACAGCACUACUAAAUCGGAUUUCUUGAACUGGCUAAGUGAAAUGGAACGAAGAAUGGUGAACAUUGAAGAAAUUCCUUUGAACUUUGAAAAUAUUGAAAAAGUUGAAAAAAGUCGUAAUGAUUUGGAGGAAAAUGUCGAGGAUCAUAAGAGUGUUUAUGAAGAGUGUAUUAGUAAUGCAGCUAAGGUGAUUGAUGCAAGUGAGGAUAUUGUUAUUGUUGACACUGAGAUGAACGAUAUAAAACGAAGAUGGAACGAUCUUAAGAAAACAAUUCACGCCAAAAAGCCGGCAGUUGAGAAUAUAAAGAAUGUUUUAAAGAAACAUCAAAAAGCAUUGGCGGAAAUUCGCAAUAUAAAUGAAAAGAUUGGAGAUAUUGUAAAAAGUGAUGAUUCAUAUGAGGUAGAUGCCGAUAAGUUGAAGAGAACGUUAGAAAAAGCUAAGGAAAACGCAUCUGAGGUAGAGAUUGUUAGACCAAUUCUCGAAGAAUUGUUGAGCUCAAGCCAGGAAGUACAGAAAGCCUUAGAGUCACGACCAGAAGCCGAACAGUUCGUAACUGAAACGGUUGAUGCUACCGAUGGUUUUGAACAGUCAAAAACGGCUCUCGCUGAUCUCAUUAAAGACCUGGAAAAUUAUACUGAAGUUGCUGAGAAGUUCACGAAAUUGUACGAUGAUUUUAUCGAAUGGUUUCCGACUAUUGAACAACGGACUUUCAAACUUCAACCAAUUAGCACAGAGCCUGAUAUUAUAGAAGAACAGAAGGCUGAAACUGAGACGUUGAAAGAUGAAAUUGAGAAGAAACAAGUGCUUGUUGACGAUUUACAAGACUCUGGUCAGUGGCUCGUGGAACAUUGCAAACAAGACCCAAAAGUCGUUACCGAUGUUCAAUCAAAGAUCGCCAAUGUCCGCGACAAUCUUGACAAACUCUUUUCGAAAAUUCAGACGAGACAGGCCCGUCUGGACAAGGUGCUAUUUCAAAGCCAGGAGUUCAAUCUUGGUUUCGAAAUUUUCAUGGAAAAGUUGUUGUUUAUCGAAGAAGCUGUUACUAAGCAACGUCCAGUCUCUGCGGUGUAUGAGACAGUAAAGAAGCAAAUUAUUGAGAACAAGGAAGUCAAAGAAACAUUAGAACUGUACAAAUCAAUGUUUGAUCAACUGAUGACAAAAGGUCGUGAUAUCCUGGAUACAAUUGAAUUCGGCACUGAACGUGAAAACCUGGAACGUAAAAUAACAAACACAAAGGAUCGUUGGAAGACUGCUGUAGAAAAAACGAACACUCAGGAGUGUAAUUUGGAAGAGAUUCGACCUUUGGCGAAAGCAUAUGAUUCUGUAAGAAAUAGGUUUGUACUGUGGUUAGAAACAACAGAGGAAGAAGUUGAGCCAUUGAAUGAGGUGACGCGUGCUCCUGAAGAGAUUGCUAAGCAACUAGAACUUGUUACCAGGACUCUGCAAGUCAUUGAUGAACGUGCUCUUGAUGUUAAGGAAAUUUCAGAAAACGCUUCAGAGACUUUGAAAUUGGCUCAAGCUGACAAAUAUGUCGUAGAAGGUGAAGUAGAGGAUACCAAUAAACGUUGGAGGAUAUUGGUGGAUAUGUUAAACACAAAGGAACAGUGGUUAGUACGACUUAAAGAUGCUGUAGAGGUGCUCGAGCUUGCGCAGAAAAAUUGUGAAAAGCCUUUCGAGGAAGUGAAGAAAUUCAUAAAGGAAUGUAAACCGUCCGGUAUCAGCCGUGAUGAAGCAGAGAAAAAACGAGAGACGUCGAAGGAAAAGUUAGCAAUGUUGGAAAUCACCGAAGGAACUGUCAAUAAAGUUAAACGUGCGAGUGACGACGUUGUGCAGCAUCUGGGAAACGAUUGUGAUGAUAGUGUUGUAAUUGAGAACGAAGCUGCUCAAACAGAGAAAACAUACAAUGAUUUAAAACGUCAGUUGAGCGACAUCGUUGAAAAUUCUGAUAAAGAACUUUGUCAAAUAGAUUUGUUUCUCAAUUCUCUAUCUCAACUGGCUGACUGGGCUGAUGAAGCUAAAAAUACUCGUGCCCUUAGAGAAUCUGUUGCCAGCAGACCUGAGAUCAUACGUAAACAACUAGAUGGCAUUGAGAAACUUCAAGAUGAAAUUAAAGACAAGAAUUUUAUCGUGAAGAGCGCAAAGGAUGCCGGUCAAUGGUUGAUUGAUGAUUCAUCUCAGGCUCCUGACGUUGUGCGUGAUGUCCACGAGAAACUAGCGAGUGUUUCCACGCAACUUGAAGUGUUGAAGGCUGGUGUAAAUGAUCGUGAGGUUCGAUUAAAAUAUGCUUUGAUGCAAACUGAAGAAUUUGAUGACGUGUUGAAAGAGUUUGAAGACAGAAUGAAGGGUAUUUCUGAUGCCACAGCAAAAGAUGAUCCGAUUUCUGCUCUUUAUGAUACAGUGAAGGAUCAGAAAGUACGAAUGGAGAACUUAGUUGAUGAGAUUGAACAACAAGGAGCACUUUAUAGUAGACUGAGUAAAUGUGGGACAAAGGUUGUUCAAAACCUUGACGAAGACUCCGAUAAAGAAGAACUAUUAAAACGUCUUGACGAUAUUAAUAAUGGAUUAAAAGAAGUCAAAGAGCAAGUUGAGAAAAGAAAGAAGAAGAUCAAUGAGGUUUACCCUCUUGCAUUGGACUUUAAAACAAAUGUUGAUGAUUUUACUCCAUGGCUUGUGAACACCGAGAGAAUUGUAAAAGAAAUUAAACCUGGAAGUGUAAAGAAAGCUGACGCUAAUACUGAGUUGAACAAACUCAAGGAACUCAAGGAAAACAUCACGUCACACAAAUCUCAACGAGAUGUUUUGAUAUCGCUUUGCAAAAGUCUCGAUGAUACAGUUGAAGCUGAUCAAGCUGUUAUAGCGAAAGAAGCCGAACAUUUGGCGAAAAGAUACGAUGAUUUGGUCGUUAAUAUUGACGAGAAGGAAGAAAAAUUAAGUCGUUUAAUUUCAAAGUCUGAAAAAUAUCACGCUACUCUUGCUCCUGUUGAAGAACUUCUAACCAAAGUCGAACAGGCUGUUAAUGAAACCUCUCCGUUCGGAGAUGACGUGGAGCAAGCAGAAGGGGAACUGGAAAUAGUUAAGGCAAUGGCGGAAGAACUCAACAGCGCUCUACCAUCUGUUGAGCAAAUAAAUACACACGCUGAUGAUCUACUUAAUGACAUGCAUGAGGAGUCGUCCGAGAGAGCGGACGUUCACGAGAAAACUCGAGUAUUACCACAAAGGUUUGCGGAGCUUAGUGAACGCAUUGCCCAAAAACAAGCCAAGGUUCAGGAAGAUGUUCAACAUGGCGCUGCAUUCCGUGUAGCUGUGAAAGAUCUCGAGGAAUGGUUACCUCAAGUGAAUGAUAGAGUUGAAGCUCAAAAAUUAGUGUCGUCUGACCCUGACGUCGUGCGGGCUCAACUGGACGAUCUUCAGCUUAUUAAAAAUGAAAUAGAGGAAAAACGUCCGGUCCUUCAAAGAGCAACGGAUGAAUGUGAUUGGCUAGUGAAUGCUUGCAAAAAUGAGCCAAUGAAAGCGCUGCAAACUCGUGGCAAACUUGAUGAUGUAAAGCAGCCUUAUGAAAAUUUGUACGCUCGUGUGUGUGAACUUUGUACCAAUGUACAAAGUGCUCAAAUUCGAAGUCAGCAAUUCGAUGUAACAUUGAAAGAUUUCUUAAAUUCGUUGGAUGAGUUGGAAGAAUUGUGCUCAAAUGUUGUGGAAUCUUCAGCUGUCUACGCAAACGUGAAACAGCAGAAGCAGUUUGUGGAGACUUUACAAGAUAAAGUGGAACAACACGAACAUGUUUACGAGCAAUUGAUGAAAACAAGCGAGCAAUUUAUACAGAGCAUGGAGUCUGAAGAUGAGAAGGAGAGGUUACAAUCUAAACUAGAUGAUGUUACCAAGCGUUGGCAAGCACUCAAGGACAAAGUUUCUGGCAAUAUGACUGAAGUUGAUGAAGUUUUACCGCUGGCUAAGUUGUUCAGAGACACAUGUGAUGAUUUCAUCGAUUGGCUCAAGUCUGCUGAAUGGAAAGUUGAGAACUUUGAAGCUGUUGUAGGUGAUAAAAUCAUUGUGAACAAGCAAAAUGAAAUUGCAGUGGAAAUAAACAACGAAAUACUUGAUCAUAAUGGCCAGUUUAUGACGGUGAAAGAUGCUGGGAAUGAUGUGAUUGGAUUAGCUAAGAAAGACAUAGAUGUCGUUAAAGAUGAGUUGAAUGACAUCUCAAAACGAUGGGAGAAUUUAAAAGUUAAUUUGAGUGAGAUUAUGUCGAGGCUUAGCACAGUCGACACUUUACUUGGAGAAUUUGCCAACAAACUGCAUCCUAUAAAUGAGGUUAUUAUGAAAUGUGACGAUGCUUUGAAGUCAUUAGAUCCUAUCGGAAUGGAUGUUGAGAAAAAUAAAAAGGAAGUAGACAAAUUAGAGAAGUCUCUAUCAGAUGCGAAAAAUAUCAAAGAAGAUGUGACAGCCUUGAUUGUUUUUGGUGAAAAUGUUGUUGCAGAGGUUCACUCUUUUAACGGUGACAUUAAUCCACUAAAAAAGACGCUAGACGAUACGAAAACGCGUUACGAAGCAUUAACCGCUGACCUUGAGAACGCGGUAGCGCAACAAAAGGCUACCGCGGAUAAAGUUAGUAAAUUUGAUGAAGAGGUUGUAGCAAUUGAACAAUGGGUGGUUACAACUUUGGAGUUGGUAAAAGUCUGGGAUGGUCAGGAGAUUGGUGCCGAGCCUGAUGACAUCAAGAAACAGAAGGAUGAAGCUGAGAAUCUCAAAAAUGCGGUAAGAAAACACGAAAGAGAUGUAGAAGAAGUAGAAAAGUUGGGUAUGGAUGUUCUGGCGAGUACUGGAGAUUCGGAAACGGCAAAACUUGUCAAGGAAAAGCUAAGAAAUAUCCAAGAUCCUGUAAAAGAGAUACUGGUGAAGGUUGAUGAUCGAUGUACUCAACUUGAAUGUAGUUUGAACAAUGCCCAAGCUUUCCGUGAUAAUCUUGACGAAUUCUUACGUUGGAUGACGACAACCGAGGAAGUAUUAACGAACAAAGAUUUGAUCUCUGGUAAUCGUGACAAAUGCGAGGAACAGCUUAAAGAAUGCGAGAAUCUUCAUGAAGAUGUUGAAGCUCAUAAACCUAUAUAUGAGGAUAUUCUGAAAUCACAGGAUUUAAAUUCUCCUGAUCAAAAGGCAAUUGAUCAAAAGACCGUUGAUGAAAUCACAAAACGUUGGGACAGCAUUAUGGCUGAAGUAACUAAACGUCUUUCAAUUUUAAACGUUGUUGUCGAAGCUGCCGUCAAAUAUCCAGAAGUAUUUGAGAAAGUUGAACCUUUGCUUUCCUUCUUGGAGCAAACUAUAGAAAAGAUUAAAGAUGUUUCAUCGGAUCCUGAUGUUUUAAGGGAACAAGACCAAAUUGCCAAGGAACUUGAAGAUGAGAAGGCCAAAACUGAGCCAAUCGUUGAAGAGUUUGAAUCUACCUGUCGACCGCUUCUUGAGCAUUGUAAUGAAGACAUUAAUGAUAUCCAAAACGACAACAGCAACGUUCGCGAAAGAUGGGAAAAUAUUUUUAGAGAGUUAGAAAUAGUCUUGGAGAAGAUUCGAGCCAUGCAAGAUGCUCUACCUCACUAUGAUGUCGAAAUAAAAUCAUUAGAAGAGUAUCUGCAGUAUUGUGAUGAUGUUUUGGUUUCAGUAGAACCUCUUGGUCUUGAUUUGAAUAAGGAGGAAGAUCAGUUACAGAAAUUAAAGGAAACACGGUCAGUUCUUCAAGAUAAAGAGGAAAAUGUGCUUCCGAAAGUUGAUGAAAAUGGAGACAAAAUUCUUAAGAUUGACAACAAUCUUUCCAAUAUAUCACGUGUGAACGACCGUUACGCUGAUCUGAAACAACAAACUUCAGACACUCUAAAGAAACUCGAUGAUGCUAUUGGGAACUUGGACAAGAGUUUGGCAACAGCUAAGAGAUUUACUGCUGGCCGAGACGAGCUGGAAACAAAACUCAACGCUAUUCGUGAAAAGGUCGAGGGAUUGGCACCUGCAGCUAAAGAAAGUGACAAGAUCAAGGAACACUUGAUUCAAUUGGAGGAAGAACAAGCGAAUCUUGCAAACUUGAAAUAUGUACUUGAUGAAACAUCGGACGCUGGAAAUGAGCUUGCCGAACAACCUCUCCACGAUACUGCUAAAACAGAGAUACCCGAACAGAUGACGAAAGUCGACGAUCUUUUUACAGAAGUAAAUGACCUCGUGGAUGGAGCUGUAAAGAUUGAUCGUGACAACUUGGCAAAACACGGAGAGUUUGAAACACUUCUUGAUAGCUUGGAGGAUAAACUGGGUGAUUUAGAGAAUCGUUUAGAGAAAGAGAAGAAACCAUUAUCUACGAAACUUCCAGAGUUGAAAGAAGAACAAGAAAGAAUUCAGAUAAUCAAUGAGGAAAUUUCACAGCAAGAAGCAACUUGUAAUCAACUUCAAGAGUUGAGCGACAAGAUGAUACAAGAUAGUCCUGGCGUCGAAAGCGAUGGUCUUAGAGUAAAAGUUGAAAAUGCGACAAAAAAAUGGCAAAGUCUUGUGUUGAUUAUUACGAAGCGUGUUGAAGAGAUUGAAGAAGUCGUGACGCUGUGUGAAAAGUUUGAAGAAGAAUUUGAGAUUGUGAUAACAUUUGUUACUGUCACCGUAAAAAGAAUACGGGAUAUAAAACCAGUUUCGUACGAUGAAGAACUUAUUGUUAAAGAACAAGAAAACAUAAAGGCUCUCGAAAGUGAAAUAACGGAGAAACAACCUGUUCACGAAUCUGUUACAGCGACGUCUGCAAAACUUGCUGAGUGUUGUAAGGAUGGUGAUGUUGAUGAUUUAAUGGCGCGAGUUGAUGAUAUGAAUAAGCAGUGGAACGAAAUGAACAACGAAAAGUCAGAGAAAGAAAACGCUCUGGAAAAAAUGGCAAGUGAUCUUUCAGAAUAUGAAAAACGCGCAAACACCGUUGAAGAGAAAUUGAAAAAGACAGAAAAAAGUUUAACGCCGAAGAGUGACCUAGUAAUGGACAUUUCUGUCAUGAGAAGCAAUUUAUCGAAUAUCAAAAAUUGCAGCGAAGAAUUGAACGAGAUAAAACCACAACUGGAUGACACAGUGGAAUUUGGAAAUAAUUUACUCGCUACAGAUCCUGAUAUCGAUGGUUCUUAUGUUACCAGAAGGAAUGAGCAAUUGAAAGACUUGUUAGAGAAAACUGAUAAGAAUGUGAAAGAUGAAGAAAGCAAAAUGCAAGAACUUGUUGAUUCAAUGGAACAAUACACGAAAUCAUGUAAAAAUUUAAUGGAAGACUUGGAUUACAUCCACGAUCAAGUCGAGGCCAAUAAACCUGGUUUAUUGGAUGUGGAAAGUUUGAAAGAUAAGGACAAUAAUGUCAAGGCUUUAAAACAACAUCUAGACGACUCUGCUGAAUUGAUGAAUACAUUUAAUGGAUGUGGUCAACGUUUGAUUUCUGUUGGAUUUUCUAACGACCCAUCUCUGGUGAAAGAGAUUUCUGCGAAUGGUCAGAAGUAUCAUGACGCUACUAGUAGUGUUGAUGGAUUACAAGAGCAAGUUGAUUACGUCAUGACAGAGCUUGGUAAGUUUGAAGAAGAGCGAGAUGCUGUUGAUAAAGACCUUACCUCAUUGGAAGAAAAAACUUGUGAGAUGAACGAUAAGCCAGUCGGUGGCGAUUCGGAUGAGAUAAAUAAUGAAAUCGAAGAGAUCAAGGUUUGUCAAAAUGAGAUUGCCAAGAUUCAAGAGAACAUUCAAACGUUGCAAGAUUUGAAAUAUGGCAUCACAGCCAGAUACAGAGAUACCGAUGCAACACCGCUGGACAAAGUGAUUGACGAACUAAAUCAACGUCUGAUGGCCAUCAGUCAUAAUUUAGUGGAAAGACAAUCUAAACUAGAUCAAGCUCUUUUACAAUCUGGAAAAUUCAAGGAAACUGCCGAUUCUCUUCUCGAUUGGCUAUCUGAGACUCGCGACCUCUACGAGUCUCAAGGACCAGUCUCCGCUGCUGACCCUAACGUCUUGAAGGCUCAAAUAAAAGAGAAUCAAUUGAUCAUGCGAAUGAUAAAAGGAAAGGAAGAAACUCUGAAAUCGAUACAAGCAACUGCUGAUGAAUUAUUGAAAACUGCUGACGUUGAGAAAAAACAGGAAGUCAAGGAUGUAAUGCGCGACAUCAACAACCAAUGGGAUGAGUUAACUGGUUUAGUUGAAAAACGAGGAAAUCAAUUGGACGAGGUGUUAGAGCUCUCUCAAAAGUUUUCUGAUCUCAACAAGGAACUUACGGAUAAUCUUCGAAAGAUUGAUAAAAAAUCAAAGGAAAAAACAUUCUCUGAAGUGAAAGCUAAACCAGACGAGAUAAAGGAACAGAUUCAAGAAUUCAGUGAUGUUGUUGAAACGUUCAAUGCAUGUGAACCAAAAAUGGAGCAACUUGAAGAUGCGAGCAAGACACUUCUUGGAUUUGCAACCGAUGAAGAUGUUGGUGUUAUCGAGGAAAAACUUGAGGAUAUGAAGGAAAGAUAUUGGAAUGUCGAGAAAAAAGUUAAAGGAGUCGAGGAAAAGCAAAAUAAUGCUUUAGAACUUGCUGAGCUGUUUAACGCCAUGAAAACAUCAUUUGAUGAAUGGUUUGACGUGGCGGAGAGCGCAAUGAAUGAACUGGAUGGAUGUGAAGAUAACGAAACGAAACAGGAAAAACUGAAGGCUGUUCAAUUGUCUCUCCAAAACAAAGAACCAGAUCUAAAGAAGUUCCAAGAUAUUGGUUUAAAACUUACGAAGAUUGUUUGUGAUGAUCACGUUCCUAUGAUCGAGGAAAAUGUCCAAGAGACAGAAAUAAGAUGGAAGAAUUUGAAUGCAAAGAUGGAGGAUGUUGCAAAAGAUCUUUUCACUGGAAAAGAGCAGCUGGAGAAGUUCAGAAAAAACAUGGAAAACAUCGAAGAAUGGUUGGCAGCUACUGAAACAAAACUGUCAAAUCUUGAAGCACCAUCGUCGAAACCUGAUAAAGUGAAGGAUCAAAUUAAAGAACUCAAUCCUAUAUCCAAUGACAUCGCAGUACAUGAGCCCGUCGUCAAAAGUCUCUUGGAAAGCGGUCAGACAAUAUUAAUUGCUCUUGGAGAAGAGGAGGGCGCUGACAUGAAGCAUAAAUUUGAUGAUAUAAAAACAAGAUUUGAUCAAAUCAACGAUCAAGCGUCGAAAAGACAAGCCCAACUUGUUGAACUUUUAUUGCUUACUCAGCAAUAUUUGCACAUCAUCAACGAGGUGACGACGAGACUGAGCAGAGCUGAAGAAAACAUGACAAAAUUGGAGGACAAUAAGGGACAAGCGGCUGAAGUGGAACAAGAGAGGAUAAAAGCAAUACAAGAAAGUAUCACAGUUUUAUCACCACUUAUGAUCAACUAUGCCGAUACGCAUGCAGAUCUUGCUAAACACUGUAGUGCUGACGAAGUAGCUGAAGUGGAGAAAGAACUGGAGAGAAAUAAAGAUAGAUACCAGGCUCUACGAGCUGAGAUUGAAAAGCGCGGUAUUCAAGUGGGUAUGACUUUACAGCAAGAGGAACAACUUCAGUUGUCUUUGGAAGAGUUGAUUACACAUCUUGAAAAACGCAAAGAAGAAUUAAAUAAUCUGGAACCGUUGGCCAUCUACAGCGAUAUUGUGAAGGAGCAGAUAGGUGCUCACGAGGAUUUAAGCAAGGAAAUCCUGGACGAUCAAAAAGUGUUAGAGGAAACGAGUAAGGAAGUUGAGCUUGCCGUCCAAUCAAAUCCUGGCACCAGUACGGCCGAGUUGAUGACAGAAAAAAUGGGACGAGUGAAAAGUCUUUAUCUCGAAAACGAGACAUUGUCUAGCGAACGUCAGCUUGCUUUGGAUAAUGUCUUAGAGGCAUGUGAAAAGUUCUGGGAAGGUGUUGAACAAUUGAGAAUUGCAUUGAAGAGUGUUAAAGGACAUUUGGAUACACAAGAUCCCCCCGCAGCGGAACUAACGCAUGUCGAGGAACAAAUACAGGAACACCAGGAGCUUAGCAAAGAACUAGAUAGCCAUGAAGAUCAAAUAAACACAAUCUGUCAGACAAGUCCAGUUCUCGUUGCCAACUGCGGUCAGUCCGAUAAGCUCGUUGUCCAAAAUGCUGUGACAGAAAUCAGUGAUCUUUGGGAUGUUAUCGAGAAUACAUGCAAAUCACGAACCAACGAUCUUGCCGAAGUAUUUAAACUAGCAGAACUUUUUGAAAGUUCACACGGUGCUGUUUGCGAAUGGCUUGAUAUUACGGAGAAGAAAUUGGAAGAAGUUCCGUCUGUAGGAUCUGAUGCUAAGUCGGUGAAACAACAACUUGAUGCACAUAGGGAAUUACAACGUGAAAUCCCGGAGCAGCAGGUGCACGUUACGACAGCAAAUCAACAUGGAGAAGCGUUGAUUGAUAAAUGUCGCAAGGAAGACAUACCACUUGUUCAAACGCAUUUGAAAGACAUGAAUGAAAGAUGGAAGGCAUUACGUGUUACCGUUACGGAAAGACAACAGAAACUGGAAGAAGCUUUGCUUGCUUUAGGACAGUUUCAGCUUGCCUUGGAUGAAUUAUUAGCUUGGAUAGACCACACAAAUCACACAUUGGAUAAAGAAUUGGAGCGGAAACCGAACGGUGACGUCAGAUCAAUCGAAGUGGAAAUGUCUAAACACAAGAUUAUUCAGAAUGAGAUCAGUGCUCAUGAGCCCACAGUUCAGAGCAUAACGGAAGCUGCUGAAAAACUGUUGGAGUCUGGAAAAACAAAAAUGGAUACGGCUGUCCUCAAGAAUAAAAUCGACGAGCUUCAAAAUGGAUGGCAAGAACUUUUGGCUAAAUCGGCAAAACGGGAACAAGAUCUUACUGACUCAUUAACGAUGGCACGUGACUUUAUGAGCGAGGUCCGUGAUAUGUUGGGUUGGUUGAAGGAAGCAAGAGAAUAUUUGAAACAGAGAAGACCGCUCGGAGGAUUGCCUGAAACAUGCGAGAAACAGAUUACAAAACAUGAGGAAUUCGCACAACAAGUGACUUCUCGAGCUCCUAAAUACGAAAUGAUUAUGUCAACAAGCAGUGAAUUGUUGCUCACGAGUGAUCCAGCUGUCGCCGACACAUUACGUAACAUGCAGAAUGAGGUUAAAAGAACCUGGGACGAGAUAACGUCAAAAACCGAGGAAGAACAGAAGAAGCUGGAGCGUGCUUUGGAAAUGGCGACAGGGCUACGUGGAGGCUGUGAUGACAUGAUCACGUGGUUUACCGAGAUUAAAGUUGAACUCUUAUCAUUGGAGUUUAUUAGUGUUGUGUUUGAUAAAGUUGAUGAACAAAAGAAUAAGUUUAUGGCAUGUGCAACAAAGGUUGAUGAACGCAAGGAACCAUACAGAGAGCUGCGUGGUUUAAGUUAUUCAAUCACUAGUUCGUGUAUACAAGAUGAUGCUGUGAAAAUCUUCGAUGAUAUGGCCGACCUCGACAGGCAAUGGCGUGAGUUAUUGAACCGUUUGAAUCACACGAAGAAAAACAUCGAUGAUAAUCACAGAGCUUCGAAGAAAUUCUUUGGAUCGUACGAUGACAUGAUAGCUUUCAUGAAUGAGGCUGAUAAACAGUUAAAGUCCGAAGAAAAUAUUGGCGCGGAUCCUGUAGUAUUGAAACUUCAACUUAAAAAACACAAGGUUUUCCAAAGCACGCUUGGUCCACAGCAAGCCAAAAUGGACGUUGCUAUAAAGUCGGGUAAAGUUCUUAUCGAUCGCGGCGAGGUUGAUGACGCGGUUAUUGUUGAAGCAAAGAUUGCUGAAUUGAAGGAGAAAUGGGAUGGUCUUUGUGCACUGUCUGUUGAACGACAACAAAAACUAGAGGAAGCUUUACUCUUUACUGGUAUGUUCCAAGAUGCUCUUCAGUCAUUAUUUGAUUGGCUGGAGAGAGUCGAACCAGGUCUCUCGAGCGAGACGGCAAUCAUGGGAGAUACACAGACAGUUCUUAUACUAAUAGAUAAUCACAAGGCGUUUCAACGUGAUCUUGUCAGCAGUCAAAAGACCUACAACUCCGUAAUAAAGGCAGGCAAACAAUGUGUUGACGAACAAAAGAUCGAAGAUCCUGCCAGCUUAAAGGAGACUCUUGAUGAUCUCGUUGCAAGAUGGAAUGCACUAACAACGAUGUCAAACACAAAGGAAGAACGACUUGAAAACGCUUUGACAUUGGCAAAAGAAUUUGAAAAUGGAGCGAAGACGGAGUUGGCAUUUUUGAAAGGAAUAGAAGCAAAACUACGAUCAAUGGGUCCUGUUGCAGAAAACAUCGAUGGUGUGAAUAAGCAAAUUGAAGAAAUGAAGGAAGUGCUUCCAGAACUGCAAUCAGAAGAAGCUAACGUGAAGUCAACCAUUAAAAAAGGUGAAAUGAUCCUGAGAUUCUGUCAUCCCAGUGGGACACAUACAGUUCAGACGCUGUUGACCAGACUUAAGAAACGCUGGCAAGAAAUUAACGGCUGGACAAAUCAACGAAAGACGAGACUUGACGAGCACCUGAAAUUAAUAGAAGACGAGAGGCAAUUAAUUCAAGAACUAUCGGUUUGGGUGAAGGAGAAGGAAAGUGUUCUUGAAGAAAAGGAAGCCCAACCAUUACCAGAAGAUAAUAUUGAAAAGUUAAAGGCCUUACUUGAUGAACAUAAGGAAUUCCAAGACAAUUUGACGACUCGACAACCGGACUACGAUAAAAUCAUGCGUUCAUCAAAGCGUCGACAACCGGCCACGGAUUCUCAGAAACGUGAUUCUCCCAGCAAAAUACGACCUGCGUGGAGUAGAACGCGAACUUCCCGUACCUCUCAAUCGAGUCAACCCGUAUUCAGUCGUGGACAUUCUUUCACUCGAGACAAGAGCCCAGCGCGUGCAAAUUUAGCAAAACAUUGGCAACGUCUAUGGUUGUUGUCUCUUGAGCGCAUGCGCCGAAUACAAGAGAAGUUAGAUUACAUCACACAGAAGAAGCUCGCUGCGAAAUUUAGCUUUGAGGAGUGGAAGAAACGAUUCAACCAUUGGCUUCAUGAUAGCAAGUCACGUGUUUUGGAUAUCUUCCGAGCUUAUGAUCACGAUCAUGAUGGCAAAUUAUCACGUGAACAGUUCAUCAACGGUCUUUUGGCGUCAAAUUUCCCUUGUGAACGAUGGGAACUUCAAUUGGUGGCGAGAAAAAUAGAAAGACGUGGUCUUAUCUCGUACAAAGAUUUUGUUUCCGCGUUGAAAGCUAAAAAGUCAAACAAACCGCUGACCGAGGCAGAACAAAUCGACGAUGAAAUUGAGCGACUAAUUACCGAAUGUGAUUGUCCCCCAAAUUUUGAAGUGACGAAAGUUGGCGAAAGAAAAUAUAGAUUUGGCGAAUCUCAGAAACUUCGUCUUCUACGAAUUUUGCGAAGCACAGUGAUGGUGCGUGUUGGUGGAGGAUGGGUUACUCUCAAAGAAUUUCUCAGCAAUUUCUCUGAGGAUCCUUCUAGAGCUGAGGGUCGAACAAACGUUGAUCUAUAUCAUACCACAUCUCCAGAUUCUUCUGGACAAGCACUGGGCUCAUUCCGCACUACAAGAGGUAAUCUAUCUCGCGAUGGUUCUGGUAUUGAUUUGAAAGAUAGCCAAUCCUCACCGGGAUCGCACAAGAAGUCUGUUUCGAAGAAGUCUAGUGUUGCCACCCGAGAGCUGCCACCCCUAGAGCGGCUACUCCUACAUCUAAAGCAAAGAAGACCGUUGGUCACACUACUGCGCAUGGAGAAGAGUCUUCUGGGCUGACCAAAAAACGAGUGACAACAACUAAAACAACGACUUCAAGACCCAGUACACCAAAAUCCACCACAACAUCACAUUCUACAACUUCAAGAAUAUCAGGACCGUCCACAACCAGCGGACCUACUCGUACUUCCUCGACAACUUCACGUACCACCACGGCAGCAGGCGGAGGUGCACGAUCCACAACCAAACCAACAUCGUCUACUAGUCAGCGAGUCGCGACAAAAACAACGAAGACGACAAAAACGACGAAAAAGUAAAAAAAAUUCCGCGGGAUCGGCAUCAAGACGAACUAACUCGUUAUUGAAAAUAGUCAAUGUUCCCUUGGAAUCAAAAAAUAUAAUUUAUGUGCUUUAUUUACUGGUAGUUUAGGUAGCUAUAAAGAAUUUUAUAAUGCUUUGUUUACUUCUAUACUAUUAGAUUUUAUGAAUUUAACUAAACACAAUUGUGUGGCGUAUGCUUGUUUUUUGUGAAUGUCGAUAUAUGAGAAUUAUAGAGUCGAGAAAAUUUUUCAACCAGCGAAAUAAUUUGUCCACAAAUAAACAUCAUCAUUAAUGAAAAGUAAUGUGAAUUAUAUGACUUGUAAGGUGGUUUAAACUUCUUGGCUGGGUGGUUCAAACCACACUUACCGUCAUCUUAAAGAACAUUGGACGGCUCUCCAACAGGUUUGGCUGGUCUGUUGAAGGGACGUUUUAUUUGCAUUUGAAUCAUUAAAAUUGAAGCUGGUCUUUAACAUUUCUAUGACUUCUUUUUGUCAAGUGUCUGUGAAUUUAGUGUAUGUAAUGUUAUGUAUAUUUCAUUAAUAAAAUAAAUGUUAAUUUACGAAGCUCAA